UCUAGCUCUUACUGACUGGAGUAAACCGACCUCUGGUCCCCAAAAUGGACCGGAACUGAAAAGAAUUUCUUUUGCACGCUGUUUUAUGACGUGCCUGAGGUCCGAAUGAUUUAUCAUCAUCUUAUUCUGCUCAAACACAAACAGAAGCAGCUGCGCGCUUUGAACGCAUCCCGCGUAUCUCACAGUUCAGAUCCGAACCGGGCUCGUUCGUUGGGGAUCACAGCCGAACCGCUCCUCUGAUCUACCUGAGCUGAGAAGCUUCCACCUGCCGGUGCGUCGGAGCGCGUCACGCGAGGACGUGGCUCCACUCGGACUCACACGGACGGACGCGGACACCGCGGAGCGCUCGUCCUGCGACGGUUCUGGCUCUAAAUGUGUGGAUGUUCCUACGAAUCACAAACUGGAUUUUCCUCUUUUUGCUUGAGUCACGUUUUCUGUUUUGAUUGACAGACCCUUCGCAUCGGCAGCAGCGGGAGAAAUGAGCGCUUAGACUGUGGAUGCCACUUUUUUCUUUGGAAAUGGAAACCCACACUACGUGGAGUAAUUUCACGCAGGUUCUGUCGAAGCUGGACGGAACGGGCUCCGAGGAGGACGGCGGCGGCGGCGGCGGCGGGCUGCGCGUCCUCAUCAGCUGCAUCCUCUUCCUGCUCAUCGUGUCCACGCUGCUCGGGAACACGCUGGUGUGCGCCGCCGUGGUCCGGUUCCGACACCUGCGCUCCAAAGUUACCAACUUCUUCGUGAUCUCGCUGGCCGUGUCCGACCUGUUCGUGGCCAUUCUGGUGAUGCCGUGGGAGGCCAUCACGGAGGUGACGGGCACCUGGCUGUUCGGACGGUUUUGCGACGUCUGGAUCGCCUUCGACAUCAUGUGCUCCACAGCCUCCAUCCUGAACCUGUGCAUCAUCAGCGUGGACCGGUACUGGGCCAUCUCCAGCCCCUUCAAGUACGAGAGGAAGAUGACGCACAGAGUGGCCUUCGUCAUGAUUGGGGUCGCGUGGACCCUGUCCAUCCUGAUCUCCUUCAUCCCCGUGCAGCUGAACUGGCACAGAGAGGGGGGGGGGCCGGUGACGGAGGAGGUUCUGCCAGCGACGGCCGUCAGCGGCAGCAGCCGGACCAACAGCAGCCAGAGCUGUGUCGCCAGCCUGAACAGAACCUACGCCAUCUCAUCGUCCCUCAUCAGCUUCUACAUCCCAGUGCUCAUCAUGGUCGCCACCUACACGCGCAUCUACCGCAUCGCUCAGACCCAGAUCCGCCAGAUUGCGGCGCUGGAGCAGGCGGCUGAGCAGGCGCACAACCCAGGCCCCGGCCUGAACCGGAACCAGCGGCCGCAGCAGCGCCGGCCCAACGACGAGGCCUCCUUGAAGUCGUCCUUCAAGAAGGAAACCAAGGUUCUGAAGACGCUGUCCAUCAUCAUGGGCGUCUUCGUCUUCUGCUGGCUGCCGUUCUUCGUCCUCAACUGCACCCUCCCGUUCUGCGACCCGCCCUGUGUCAGCGGCACCACCUUCACGGUCUUCGUCUGGUUCGGUUGGGCCAACUCCUCGCUCAACCCCGUCAUCUACGCCUUCAACGCAGACUUCCGCCGGGCCUUCGCCACCAUUCUGGGCUGCAACAGGAUGUGCUCCAACAACGCGGUGGAGGCUGUGAACCUCAGCAACGAGCUGGUUUCCUACCACCACGACACCACGCUCCACAAGGACACGCUGGUCCCGGCCGGGCCUCAGCAGAACCCUCGCAGCGCCAACGUGGGUUCUGAGCAGCUGGACGUCAUGAGCGCGCGGUUCGACGAGGACUCGCUCGUCUCCAACGGUUCCCAGGUUAACGCCAGGCUGCAGCUGCUCCCCGCCACGGUCCAGAACCAGCACCGGCACCGGCACCGGCACCAGGACCAGGACCAGGACCAGGACCAGGACCAGGACCAGCACCAGCACCAGCACCAGCACCAGGAGAUCUCCCUGGAGACGAUCACACCGUUUACCUCGGCAGCAGAGCUGGAGACAGACGCACUGAUUCCUGGACAGGUUCAUCAGAACCGAUAGACCCAGUUAUCACACACAUCCCUGCAGACGGAACCAGACGAACAGAACCAGAGCUGGGUCACGUACCAACAUGUACAGCAGCCCAGGAGCUUCAGCGAAUGAAACGUAGCAGUCCUCAUCAGGCUGUGAUGAAGCGUUGACGAGCAGGAAAUCUUCCAAAACAAACUCAUUCAUUUCAGUGACUUCAGUCAUUUUUGCUUUGGAUCAGACGUAGUUAAAACAGAAGUUUCCACUGGGAGGAAAAGGGAAGCGUGAACGUGAACAGAGUCAAAGGAGAGGCUAUGUGUGAUGCAGGUCCCAGAAACCAAAUAAGAGACGGAGGAGCUGAAGAAGAGCGGCCGAGGGUUCUGUGUUGUGUUCACGGCUCCUUUCAUCUUCCAUCGCUGCUGGAGUUGAAACGGGCCGGAGGUUCCAGGGGCAGGAGCCACUCUGACCGUGCAGCUGGUCCGUCCACACGGUCGAACCCACACUGAAGGCAAAGCAGACACACACGUGUUUCAUAGUGUAAAUAUUCUCUUUAAUGCAAAGUAUCAGCACCGCGGGAGUAAAACAUGGCGUCACUGCUUCUGACACCGAAGGGUUAACGCCGCGCGGCUUCGUUUAGAACCUUAGUGUUCUGUGUUCACGUGUAUCUGCUACACCAGAACACGGAACCGGGCCGAGAUGGAAGCGAUCAUGACCCACAGCUUCAACAAGCUGUUGGUUGAUAAAAUGAUCCCUUUAUUCUGAACGUCCCUUCAAACGACUCCGAUGAACUGUUCUCCAGCACGUGUCGACAGACGCGGAGCAGCAUCAGCAUCAGCGCGUCUGAAGCACGCGGCCCGGACACACUCUGGACCCAUUAUCAGCAGCAAUCAGCGCCGAGGACGAGGCGCCGCUGAUUGCAGCCACUUCUCAACAACUGUUGAAGCCGCUGUUUGUCGUCAAGGACCCGGAGUCAUCAGCGCUCGUCUGCAAACGCAGUGACCUCCAGAGCAGCACGCACAGUAGGAGACGCGUUCACGACGCGGACCCGUUGUUAUGGGAAAAAUUGUCUCUUCCUUACUUCUAUGCAGUUAUUAUAUGAUUUAUGACUUAUGUUCUGCAAUUAAAAUCUUAUGUUUUGUCUUACUGUAUGCAUUUGACAUUUCACCUACAUUGUUCAAUGCUUGUCUCUGCCUGAUAGACUCUCAACUCUAGCUCCCAAACCCAAGGUCGGGGAGUUGUGUCUCUGUCUGUUGAGACUUGGUGCUCCUUUCUCACAGAUAGUUGGACGUCAGCGAUGCAGGUGUGAGAAAGUAAAUAUCUUCACACACACUGCGACAGGGAGAAGAUGGUGCAUGUAAUUUGAUUGGGUUAGAAAGACAUUCCACCCUAGUCGGACAGAGAAGCUAAAAGGCAGAAGCAACUUGAGGAUCGUGGGCUCUUUGCAUCACACCUUCGUGGUGUGUGCACUGAUCUCCCCAGCUGGUUUUUGGUUUGUUGAUGUGCACAAUCAACACCCAUGCUUUUUAUUUGCUUUCCCCAUUAUUUUUAUUUUCUUUAUUAUUUCAAUAAAUCGCACAAAAGGACAACUCUCUCAUCUGCUUCUUUAUGGAAAAUUCCCACCACACCCGUCCUCGGACCCGUCCUCGGAUCCACUGCCGGCGCCGCCUCAAACGCUCCGUAGGAACAGUUCUAUGUUUAGGUGCUUGUGGAGAAUCUGUGCUGUUCACUGGUUUCAUUCAGUGACCAGUAGGAGGCAACGGAGCCCAAGCUGCAGUCUGUCACACACACAGGGUCACACACACACGCACAACACACACACACACACACAUAGACGCACGCACAAUAACACACACACAUAGACGCACACACACACACACACACACACACACACACACACACACACACACACACACACACACACACACACACACACAGCCUUGCGGUGCUAUAAAAGUGGGGCCCCGGCUUUGACAUAAUGCCUUCCCAACCCCUCACUCCAACCAUGAGCUAAAGGCAGACGUCCAACCUUUGCUCUAAUCUGAACCAAAACUCAAUUCUAACCUCAGCCCUAAAAUCACAUCUUGACCCUCAAAAAGGCCUUUAAAGUUGUGGGGCCCAGCCAAAGGGCCCUACAAGUGACAUUAGGGCCCCACCUAGGUAGGAAAAAAAAGGAUUUUGGGCCCCACUCCAAUGUAACCGCAAGGACACACACACACACACACACACACACACACACACACACACACACACACACACACUUACACUUGUUUUGGACUCCUACUGCCCUCUGCUGGCGAAAAUACUAAUUAUUAUUAUUAUUAUUAUUAUUUGUAAUUACAGUGGAAAAAGAUACAAAUGUAUUUUUAAAACCAUAA